CACACACCAUGAGAGAGAGAGAGAGAGAGAGAGAGAGAGAGAGAGAGAGAGAGAGAGAGAGAAAUGCAGAGAAAAGGUUAAAAUGACAAGCCAAAGACCAAACACAACACUGAACACAGAUUCAUAAUUCUUUUUGAGAUUCAUUCUCACAACAAGUCAAUUUGAUCUCUCUCUUUCUCACUGACAUACAUACCCUUCACAUGAAAUGACUCCUUUGCCCUCUCAUCUCUGCCUCCAUUUCCUUCUUCUUUGACUCAACCCUUCUAUUUCUGCUCGUCCAAGAUACCAACUUUCUUUCUCUGCACCGUAAUGGACGCCGCCGAAGCCCUCUCCGACGAUCCAAAUCGACCUGGGUCCAGGCCCAAUUCCGCCCCAGACGCUGCUCCGGCCGGCGGUGGCGCGAGGUACAAGCUCAUGUCACCGGCGAAGCUCCCGAUCUCACGCUCGCCGUGCGUCACGAUUCCGCCGGGGCUCAGUCCGACUUCGUUUCUCGAGUCGCCGGUGCUGCUCUCCAACAUGAAGGUGGAACCUUCACCGACUACAGGAUCCCUAUUUAUUCUUCAUCAAACAGCGCAUGCUUCUGUGACUUCUGCUGCAUCUGCUUCAUUUCCUGUAACCACUGCAAGCUUCAAUACCAAUACUAUUGAUGACCGAAAACCCAGCUUCUUUGAGUUUAAACCGCAUAGUAGACCAAAUAUGGUUCCUGCAGACCCUAACAAUCAUGCAAGUGAAAAGUCUACUCAAAUAGAUGAAGGAAAAACUCAACCUUUUGAUUCAUCACCAUUAGUAAAAAGUGAGAUAGUAGUCCCUUCAAAUGAAUUAAGUCUAUCAUCACCUGUUCAAGGUGAUUUGGAUGAACUGAACCCUAGGAGCAACAUAGCAAAUGGGCUUCACGCAUCAAAUAUUGACAAUAAAGGAAGUGGACUUUCCGUUGCAGCUGAUCGAGUAUCUGAUGAUGGAUACAACUGGAGAAAGUAUGGGCAGAAACAUGUUAAAGGAAGUGAGUUUCCUCGCAGUUAUUACAAAUGUACACAUCCUAACUGUGAAGUUAAGAAAUUAUUUGAACGCUCUCAUGAUGGGCAAAUCACUGAGAUAAUUUACAAGGGAACACAUGAUCAUCCGAAACCCCAGCCAAGCCAGCGUUACUCUAGUGGAACUAUCAUGACCAUGCAAGAAGAGAGGUCUGAUAAAGCUUCUUUCCGAGAUGAGAAAGGAUCCAAUAUAUGUGGCCAGGUGUCUCACCCAGCUGAGACUGACAGUACUCCGGAGUUAUCGCCUGCAGCAACAAAUGAUGGUGAUCCAGAGGGUACAGGAUUUUUUUCAAAUCGGACUAAUGAUGAGGUUGAUGAUGAUGAUCCCUUAUCAAAGCGAAGAAAAAUGGAGCUUGCAAAUGCUGACAUUACUCCCGUAGUUAAGCCUAUUAGGGAGCCACGGGUCGUUGUACAAACUCUGAGUGAGGUUGAUAUAUUGGAUGAUGGUUACCGCUGGCGCAAGUAUGGGCAGAAGGUGGUGAGAGGCAAUCCUAACCCUAGGAGUUAUUACAAAUGCACAAACACGGGGUGCCCCGUUAGGAAACAUGUGGAGAGGGCUUCUCAUGAUCCAAAAGCUGUGAUAACCACAUAUGAGGGGAAACACAAUCAUGAUGUGCCAACUGCAAGGAAUAAUAGUUGCCAUGAGAUUGCAGGAUCAGCAAGUGCUGCUAGUGGACAGACAAGAAUUAGGCCAGAAGAAAGUGAUACCAUCAGCCUUGACCUUGGUAUGGGAAUUAGCCCUGCUUCGGAAAACACACCAAACAGUCAAGGGAGAAUGAUGCUUCCUGAAUUUGGGGACAGCCAAGCUCAUACAAGCAACUCCAAUUUCAAGUUUGUUCAUACUUCGGGGGCACCGGUGUACUUUGGUGUUCUAAAUAACAACUCUAACCCAUAUGGCUCUAGAGAAAAUCCAAGUGAUAGUAGUACAUCUUUAAACCAUUCUGCAUAUCCCUGCCCUCAGAACGUGGGAAGAAUACUAAUGGGUCCGUAAAAUUGUUUGCACACACAAAUAAAAAGAAAUACUGAGUUCCAUUUUGGUUUUUCUUUUUGGCGGGUAAAGUUUUAAAGGCAUAGCUCCUCAUUUUCUCUUUGGAAAUGCUGAUAGUUCUUUUAUGUAGAUCUUUGCAUGUUGAGAGCUGCUCUUUAGUAGAAUUAGUAGCUGUGCCCCUUCAGGUUGACUCUUAAAUCUAAUUUCUGUUUGUAUAAUUAUAUAUAGAUUCUUCUGUACAAAUAUGAAGCUUAUACCAAAAUUGCUUCAACAAAACCCCUUGUAAAAGUGUUUGAGUUCAUCUAUUUAUAAGAUGUAGCUUCUAGCUUGUUACUGAA